GUUAAUAUUUCAGCAUGACAUCGAGCUACUUUUCUACCCCAUAUAGCUAUCCCACUAACAUGCAGGUGCACAAUCCAGUUUCCGUCUACCCUGUAAGUGCGUUAAAUGAAAUGCAAAACUAUCAUGAAACAAUUGUCGUACCAAGCGUAUCUGGUAGAAAAAAAUUUAGAGGAGUUUGGUUAAAAAUGUGUUUACUGGUCUCCAUUGUGUUUCAUUUCAUUUUCGUUGCUCUCAUCACGUGGACCCUCUUAACAUUUUACAAAACUCAACAAACAGAAGUCUGGACAAAGCCUGUGUUUGAAAAGGGACAACCCCAAAUUUUAUCCCACAAGUUUCUGCGGACCAAUUCAUCUUCAGUCAUUUGUAUGACUAGGAAAUGCAUUUCAUGUCAGAGAGAGCUGAUAAGAGUUCUAGCUGGAAAGAAUGAGUUCUUUUGUAGGAAUAUUGAACUCUCGUUGGAAUUGCUUGCUAAGGAGAUAUUAACAGUUCAAAAGUUAUCAAAGAAAGAGAAACGUUCCCUGAAUUCGUAUUACGUCGAUCUGAGUUUACCUGGAGAGAAACAUGACUUUGGAACACUACCAUUAAUUGAAGAAAAUGAUUCAUCUGGAAAAUUUAAAACACAAAUUAUGAUAAAAAAUCCAGGUUGGUUCAGGAUAAUCGUCGAUUUGACCAUAAAGGCUGGUAGGAAUGUUUGUACCAAACGCACCAAAAACUUUGUCCGGGUUACCUGCGAGGAUCCAUAUUUAGGACGAAGAACGUUAUUGGAAAAAGACUGGUCAUGCUCCCCGGAAAUAGAAGAGC